AUGCCAAAUCCAACUAUAAUUGAUAUCAAAUACAACGUAAGUUUAUUUUUUUGGGAAAAAAAUAACAAAAUGGAUUUUCAGUCUGUGGCUCGUUGUCUUGCUCUUGGCCCAAACAACAAUAUGGCCGUUGCACUUUCGAAUUUGUAUAUUCCGAGUAUCGACAUCAAAGCUGGUAAAAUCGUCACAAAAUAUGAAACAUCAACUACUGUGGCUGGUCUUCAUUACGGCGAGGAUAAACCAAGUAAGUUUUUUUUCAAUCCAAACAAUUUUCUCAUUAUUUUAUCAAAAUUCAGAUGUCAUCUUUGCUUGUGAUGUGUCAUUUGGAAUGUAUCUAUUUGAUUUGCGCUCAUCAACAAAAAAUAAGAUGCGUAUGAAUCCAGAAGUUGAAAAUCACGUUGUCGGAUGCACUGCGCUCUCUAAAACAUAUUUUGCUGUUGCUAGUUCAACAUUUGGUGAAGGUAUUGCUGAUGUUCGUGCAUCGAGAAAGAAGGAGAAUUAUCCACAUGUUGUCACAUUAUUUGAUAUUCGAAAGUUCAAUGAACCGAUUACCACAUACAAGGUUUGUAUUUUUUUACCAGAAAAUUAAUAUUAUCAACGAUGAAAAAUGUGGCAGCUCGUAAAUAGAAAAUUAGCGCCGAUGAAAAAAAUAAUUCAAUGUUUCUGGGGCGUUGAAAGCGCUGCGUGAGAGCGUUGCGGUUGGAUGUCGAAUCAAAAGAACGGCAACGCAAGUGUUUUUAUUUUGAUCAAGAAAUAUUGAGUCGUUUUGAGAGAUUUAGACACAUGGGAGAGUAGAUCAAAAAUUUUCAUUGAUCAAUUCCAUUAAAAUUCAAAACAUUUUUGUUUUCCAACCGCAACGCUCUCACGCAGCGCUUUCAACGCCCCAGAAACAUUGAAUUAUUUUUUUCAUCGGCGCUAAUUUCCUAUUUACGAGCUGCCACAUUUUUCAUCGUUGAUAAUAAAAUAAGUGAAACAGAAUAAUUUUUCAGAAAAAGCACACUGACGCUAUUACUUGCAUGUCUUUCUACAAAAAUGGAACAGAUCUUUUGACUGGUGACAAAACUGGAGCUGUUCGAUCAUUCAAUUGUGAACGUCGUGAUGAAGAUAAUGCACUUCGUUGGGAAAGAUGGAUCAAAGGACCAGUUUCCAGUGUUGGUCUUAUCAAUAAGCGAAUUGCUUUUGCAGUUGGUGAUCAAUCUGAAUGCAAUGUUUUUAUUGAUUCGAAAAGUGAAUUGGAGGUUUUGUUUGGAAAUGUGACAUCUUCAGCGACUCAAGCAAGCAAGGGACCAUCACCGUGAGUUUUUUUUUUGAUACUUGAUAGCCUAUUAUCACUAGUCACAGUCACUAGAUGUUUUCAUUUUUCAGAGCAACAUUCGCAAAACCAAAACGAGUUUAUUCGAUGGUGAAAGGUGUCACUGAUGCGAUUCCACUUGUUGCUGCUUGGGCUGUUGAAGGGAAGAAUAAGCUCAACUUGACUGCAAUGACCCAGGAAGGGAAAAUCGAACCAGCUGAUAUGAUGCAUUUCAAAAGUCACGAUGCUCCAAUAACAAGUGUUGCUGUUGAUUCGACACGACUAGCAACCGGAUCAACAGAUGGAAAAAUAAUCAUAAUGGAUAUUGAUUUCAGGUUAGUAAUGUUAAAUUCAUUAAUUUUUUUUCAAAUAAAAUCUUAGAAUUAGUAGUUUGAAAAUGAUUUUUUCUAGAGAUCAUUCUGCAAAAGAUGAGAAAUCUCAAAAACCUGAAAAGUCAUCAAGGAAAAGAGAACACGACAAUGGUUCAUCCUCUUCAUCAAAGAAGCAUCAAGAUGAUUUGCCUUCUUCGAAAAAAGAAAUCAAAGGAUUCUUCAUCGUCAAAGAAAGAUUCGAAGGAUUCAUCAUCUUCAAAAAGCUGAUUGUGAAAGACCAAUCCUCUCAAGUGUCUAUAGAAUAUCCUACUUGUUAA